GUCACGAUUGUGCUGCCCAAUCUCAUUGACAGGUUCCCUGUGGCGAUUUGCGAUAUCGAGGAUUUUGUUGCCACACAGCUUGGUCGCUCUGUGGAUGUCAAAAUUGUGCACUUGCUCAUAUAUCUUUUCUGGAAAAGUUCUGAUCCGCAGGUCGGACGUAUUCAAAACCUUAGGCUCAUUCAUCGGGGUAGAAUCCACAGCAUCAUGCGGCCAUCGGACUUGCAGGCGAGGCUGCCGCUACUCAAAGACGAGAUCGACAUGUUCCCCACAUUCCAGCUCAUGGUGUCGCCAGCGCCGCACGGCUUGCCAUUUGACAUGUCCAUAGAUGCCAUGAUUCUGAAAGUUGGGACUGGCGCACAAAAAAAUGAAACACCUUCCGUCACUUACGCCGAAGCAAUGGCGAAGUUCUUCAGGCAAAAAACACGGCGGUUGUCUGCG